GCAGCUGCCUUCUUUCUAACCUUCACGGUCCUUGUGCGCUCACCCAACGGUUCCCCUGGCUGGGGAUGUUGGGAGGUGUAGUCCAGGGCCCAGCCUCCCCAUUUCUGCUGACAAGCAUCGAAAUGGGUGGGCGCCGAAUUGACUCAAGCGCCGCCUGCAGCGCGCAAAACCAAAUCUAAAAAAGAAAUCAGAGAUUGAAGCGGGCUUGGAAUUUCCCUGAGUCCCACAAAAGCCUGAGCAGACCUUUUCUUCCUUGUACAGCUCUGGCCCGGGCUCACACGGGCUUUUUCCCCCUUGAGCGAGGCAGCGCUGGCGAGGCGGCGGCACGGGGCAUGAAGCCAACCUUGGGCGUGAUCUCCGUGGCAGCGUCUCUCUUGCCCUGGCUGGGUUGGGGGCUGCGAUGCCUGGAAAACGAGUAUCCCCUCCGCAGAUGGAAAUGUUGCAAAUACUGUCCGCCAGGAAAACAGCUGGAGAAACGUUGCACCGACACGUCAGAAACCGUUUGCGAACCCUGCGAGGAGAAUUACUACAACGACGCCUAUACCUACUCGUCGUGUAAACUUUGCACAGACUGUGACUCCGAGCGAGGCCUCCGGAUGGUUAGGCCGUGCCAAGGGACCUCGGAUACCAUCUGUGCCUGUCUUCCCGGCCACUCUCCGGAGGAGAGCGAAGUGGAGAAAAGAUGCAAAGCCUGUCCCAGCGGGUAUUUUUCCCGAGGAGGGGAUGAGAAAUGUCGCCCUUGGACAAAUUGCACAGCGAGCGGCAGGAAAACCCUGCAUCCCGGGAAGGAAGACGCCGAUGCGAUUUGCGACGCCGCGUCCUCCGAGGUUCCCACCCUGCGCCCCGUCACGCAGCCCCCGCCCUUUAAAACGGGGGUCAGCCUGUUGACUAGGGUGCCCGAUUCUUCUGAGAUUGUUUUGGCUAAAAAUCAAGGGUUUGUUUGGAUUCUCGCCAUCGCUAUCCUCCUCUUGACAGCAGCCGGGCUCUUGCUCCUCCUGUUCUUUUGUCGGAGAACGAAGAAAAAGAAAGCCCGGAUACACUGCGAGGACAUUUUUGGAGUUUCCUGCAAGGAUGACAGCAACGGUUAUCGAAUGCCGAUCCAAGAGCAACAGAUUGGGGUCAAAUCCAAUUUCGUCCAGGGCUGAUCUAAGGGAGGGAGAAAAGAACCGAAUCAUUACUUCUGAAUCAGAAGUAACCCAGAAUGAACUUUAUCUGGGUUUGUUGUUCGGAGCUCUUCCUUGAUCUCUAAAUGAAUCAAUAUCCUUUCUGUAUCUUUUUUCGUUUCUCCUCCCUGAUGUAUACUGUUUGGGUUAUUUUCUAGAGUUUUUCUUUUAGAAGAACAUGGCUGAAUUUGCAUAUCUUUUUUCACAAUCCUUUUUGUUUUAAAAAAGGACUGCGAAAGUGCGCCCGCAGAUCAGGCCUGCUUUUAUUAUUUUGUUUUUAUUCACCAAAGAAGAACAGAAAGAGCAAAAAUAAUCUCAUGUUUGACUGGUGUUCUUAGGAAAUCCGAGGCAUAGCCAGGAACCUAAGAAUUAUGCAAGUGAGUUAAAACGUGGGCUCAGUUGAUAUAGUUAAAUAAUAAUAAUAA